AUGCAUUACUUCGGCUCCGCUUUCUUCAUCGGAGUCUCCAUCUUAAUUAUCAUUCUCGUCAUUUACUUGUUCACUUUGUUCUUUUCAAAGCUGCCUCCCUUCAAGUAUGCCUGUGGUAUUUUACAAGGUGUAUCAAGUAAGGAUUUUGAUGAUUCCUUUAAAUGUUCCUGGAAAAAAUUAUGUGGAGAAACUGCCAGCAGAUUCUUCAGUGGGAAAUGUUCAAGUAGAUCACAUGCUCUCCAUCAUCGCAUGUCCUGCAUAUUUAUGAUCACGAUGUCGCUGGUCCUGCUCUUGGCAUUCGGAUCAAACAAUCGCCUGAAGGACUUCGAAACAAGAUACAUCAACAUCCAAGUAAGCAUCAACCGAUUUGAGUAA